AUGGCCUCGAUUAUAGCACCAACAUCGAUAGCAGACCCCGCACCAGAUGAGAACACAGACCCGUUGGCCGUGGAGAACAGUGCGUAUUCAUCGCCUCAAAAGCGCGUCCGUCCCGCUGCGUCGAGCCUGAGGUCACCUCUGGUUCGCGAACGAUUCCUACGUGAAACGACAAUGUCUGCAACACCACAGCCUCAGACGCCUACUGGAGGGUACAGAAUGGUUGUUAGAGUUCGAAGCAACCAAUUGCCAGCCAAUCUGGAAGUAGGGAAGAACACUUUUCGCCCUCCGAUGAAUUGUUCAUCUAGUAGGAUCUCGCCUAAGAAGGAUGCAAUUGGGAUCAGGGACAGUACUGCGGAGAGCACAAAAGAAGUGACGACGCCUACCAAAACGCUGUCAGCCAGUCCCCUGAAAAUGCUGAUCUCCACAAAGCCGAGCCCUGCGGAAGCCACUGUCAGUACGCCACCAAAAGCCACCGCCCCAAAACACGAAUUUCGAACCGGAUCUCCAACAAAAAAGCCGUCGAGUCUCUCGAGAAACCGGAGCUCCAGAAAUCAGGGUUCUGAUAAGUCUUCGUUUGAGACUUCGUUGAAAAAGGGUAGACCGGAAACACCCAACCACGAACGACCUUGCAGUCCAGUGAAGCGCACAAUUGAGCUAGACUCGCCUUCCUCAUCUGUUGACAUGAGCCCGGAUCUGGCUAGAAACCUAGUAUCACAUCCCAACCACUUGCUCCGGAUGCUCUCAGGGUGUCUAGCAGACGCUACCAUGGACGACGACUCAGCAGUGAUACCCGUCAGACGAGCGAUCCCUAACCCGAGCGAAUACUUUACGCCAAUUAAGAAAACACGAAAGCCAGUGAACUUGCAGCCGAAAAACAUUGAUGAUAUCACGGCGAACCUUGGAAGCAAUAAUAAUAGUUCCGCCUUCGACUGGCCAUUUUCCCCGGGUGUGGAGAGAAAUCUUGCUUCGCCUACGCCUACGCCGUUGCGCAAGGCCUCAGAGAAGCUUCAGCUAGUGGGGUCAGGUUCAUAUGAGAUGAUAUCGGAAGAUGGUGCUCCAUGUGCACCGGAUGUGGCUGCGAGACUCAGCUUUGAGAAGGAGUUGUCUUCAAUUCUCCCUUUGCAGGGGCUGGAGCAGAUUGUCAAUAUGUCAUCUGAGGUACAGUCCACUCAACUCCUGUCAGAAUCUCGUAUGGGUUGUUUUGCCGAAAAGACACAAGAAUCGCAGACAUCUCAAUACGCUUCUUCGUAUUGUCCGAGUACGAAACGACAACGCGACACGAGGGCAGAUUCGGGGAAGCAAAUUGAAUGGAAUGACGCAGACAAGGAUACCUCAGAAGCGUCCGAGACACAAACUGAUAGCUGGGACGAACACAUAGAGACGAGUCUCAGCAUAUCAUUGGAACUGGAGAAAGAUGUUGACAACGCAAAGACGACUUCUUCGAGCAUCCCAACCCCGGCACUUUGCGAACCUGUCAACUUGAGCGAGUUGCUGCCGAUGCCGAACAGCGAUUCCACCAGCGACCGACAAGACAUGAGUGGCUCGGGCACGAUGGCAAAGUCUACAACAGUCAAAAAGUUCAACUACAACAUGUCGUCCCUGCCAAGAAUUAAGACAAACUCUCCGACCAAAGUGGCCUCGACAAAGCUCCCGAGCAAGUCCACAAUACCGCGGUGUCAGUCUAGCGGAUACAUAUCAGCCAAGACAAAGGAAAACCGUCCCAUCACAACUGAGUCACCAAAUCUCAAAAGCGCAAAUCUGAACAAGACAAAAGGCCCAGCAAGCACAAUAUCCCACGAACCCAUCAAAUCCAUCACCACACCCAUCAAAACCGCCUCAACCCUCCCCCGCCUCACCCGCACCUCAACCAAGCAACCCAGCACCCGCCUCCCCGUCACAUCCCCCUGGAAACUCGAAAGUCCCUUCGCAACCCCUCCGCCUCCCAAGCGCCCCCUCUCCCUCCACAUACCCCCCAAACUCGCCUCCAUCCCAACCUUGAAACAAAAACCCUCAACCCCCAAAGCCCCACGACCUCUCUCCCUAGUAUCGCCCCGGAAAACACCACUGCCAUCCACUCGCCCAGACACCACCGCCUCGGCGACUCUCCCCAGACGCUCACCCACGAAACUCCCAAAGGCAGAACCCACAACAUGCGCCCCCAAAAAAGCGAUUGAUGAGAAGAUUGCAGAGGAUGCCGCCAGAGGCGUGGUCGUUACCGCGGGCGGGAAUCGGGUUAGGGAUUUGUUGGAGGCGAGGAAGGGUAGGAGGGUUUGA